AUGACUGCUGCUCCUUUCCAACCUACCUUGAAAGCCCCAUCCACUGCACAGCACUCGCAGUUGUCUGCCCUUGCUGGCAACACACCAUCCACCUCGAGAGCCACUUCUGCUGCCCGGCCGCGCAAACCAGCGCGACAAGAGUCCCACAGCAAUGACUUCCUCUCGGACAAUGCGACAGUGUCGCUGAUCCGGCGCAUACUCGUGCCAGACACUCAUGGCACGGACAGAAGCACGCCCGCUCCCAUCGAGGCGUUGUUGCCUCCACUGACGAGCAGCAACGAGGUCGACAUUCAGCUGUACGCCAUCAUUGCUGUUGUGGUGAAAGACUUCAUUAGUCCCUGGUACACCAAGAUCACGCCUGACCAGAGCUUCGUCGAGGAGAUCGUCCAGAUCAUUGCCCACUGCAGUCGUGCGCUCGAGCAGCGACUGCGUCGGGUUGAUGUUGCCCAACUUGCGUUGGACGAAAUCACGGCAUGCCUGGAGAGGCACGUUGCGGCAUACCAUGCAGCGAACGAAUCACAUGCGACUCUUAGCUACAGCCAGCAACCCCAUCACAUCUACCACAGUCUAAAUCCCCACCCAGCCCUCGAUCCGUCCCUCUCGCCCGAAGAUCAGACCCAGGCAGAGCGCACGUACCGCCAACUGCUGGUGACUGGCGCUCUUGCUGUGCUGCUUCCUACUGAAGACGUUCAAAACACAAGCCUGCGCAUUCUGGUCACCGAUAUCAUUGCAGACCUGAUUCUGGGUAGGGCAAUCGAAGACAGACUCUGCCAGCCGUGGUUCCUGCAUGACUCUCUGUCCAAGAUUGUUGCCACCAUCGCCGCACGAAAGCAAGCUAAGGCUACGAGUGAAGGUAUCCAGGCUGAUGCCAGGAGUCGGCUGGAGAAAUUCGGCCUAUUAUCUGCCAAAACCGAUGCUUCGCCCACCGAUUCGUCCCCCCCUCGCCAAUCAAGUAUUGUUGCCGUGUUUUGGAGCAUGCUGCAAUGGGGUUACCUCGCAUUUCUGGCAGUGCGGUUCACCACACUCGGUCUCAUGCAUGCACGGAGACUUCCAGCGCGGACGCGUCUCUCUACGAAACAUGCUCUAUCAGAGCCCAGUGCUAAGCAGACGGACGAUCAUGCGGCUCGCCUGGUGCUGGAGUACAGGAUGUUUCCCGCCACCUCCACCAUUCUGCAUUUGUCCAGACGCAUGCCGUGGGUCGCAGGAGCUUUGGCUUUCUGGGGCCAUGUUUUGACAUCCGGGCGCAACCGUGCCGGAGGUCUGCAUUCGAUUCUCGAUAGAUUCCUCUACCACAACAUACAGACUUACCUAUUUCCGCCAUCUAUCCUCCCAAACAUCCUCCGCAACCUCCGCGCCGUCAUCUUCCCUAACAAUUCUCUCGGACCGCCUGCUCCCCCACCUCCGACGCCAGAAGAAGCCUUAGCAAUCCGCAAAAAGGCCGCCACAGACCUCCUCUCUCUUGUCCCGGACGUUGUCUCGCGCAAGCUCUUCGCGCCACAGGCGCACUCGGCAGUAGAAGCGUAUGAAGUUGCAGUCGAGCAGGUUGAAGCGAUCCUGGACCUGCUGGGUGACAGGAAGAUCAACAAGUACCUGAUCUACGGCAUCCUGGAAUGUAUCGUGACGAGACUGGUACCCGAGAUACUGGAGAAGACGCCGGGCGAGCUGCUGGAGGAGAGGGGUGUUGUCUGGGAUGGCAAGCAGGACGACUGA